AUGGCAGAAAAAAUUGGCGCAGAUAUUAAAAUUCCACGUAUUACAUCCAAACAAAGAAAUAGAUCAAAUUACGAAACCGAUUCUGCUGAACACUAUAACAGACUCUCUAUUUUUAUUCCGUACUUAGAUUCACUAAUAUCAUCUCUUUCACGACGAUUUUCAAGUACAAAUAAAAUAUCAUUCUCAAUAAGUCUACUGCAUCCUACAUAUAUUAAAAAGUACACCAUUAAUGAUUUCAAAGAAAAAAUUAAGCUGAUUAGUGAUCAUUAUGAAAUUGAAAAUAUGAUAGAGGAAUCUAAUAUUUGGUAUCAGUAUUGGAUUGAUAAAAAUUUUACUGACUCCCAGUGUGAUGAAAUUUCAUUUGUUGAUUUAUUGGCUCAUUGUGAAUAUUAUCCUGCUAUUUUUCAAAUACUUAAUAUUUUUAUAUCACUGCCUCCGACAACGUGCACAAUAGAAAGAUCGUUCAGUACAUUAAGACGAAUAAAAACGUGGCUUCGCUCGACUACAGGAAAAGAUCGUUUAAAUGAGUUGUGUAUGAUGAGCCUUCAUCGUGAAAGAAUUAACGCAAACAAGGAUAAUUUCAUUCAGGAUGUCAUUAAUAUGUUUGGAAUAAAACGAAGAAAUUUGCAGUUCUUAUUUACUGAUACCGAAUAA